GUAAUAAGUGUGUAUGUGUGUGUGUGUGUGUGUGUAUGGGGAAAGUUUUGAUCAAUAAUAAAUGAAUGAGUAAAAGCAUGAGUUGUUUGAGGGGCCGAAGGAAAGCGCGUUCAGUCGGAUAUCAGACGGGGCGACGUUAACAUGCCCCUAGAGGGGUUUCCAUGAGAACGAAAUGAAUCGGAAUAUGGGCAGACAGUUGUCCCUGAGGUGCGAAACGCCGACGCUGAAAUCGAGGCGUUCCAGUCUAAGGAGGCAGCUUUCAGAAGACGAGGAGAGAGCACCGCCGCGCGUAAAGCUCGCGUGGACAACGUCGGAGGAGGAGGAGGAUCAGAAGAAGAAAGAUGAACAGCAUCGCAAGAACGAAGCGGACGCGUCGAUCCUCUACCCGGAUCAUCAGCAUCUGGCCGAGAGGUUGCGGCAUGUGUGGCAGGACAAGAGGACCAACUUGAACAUAGUCCUCGGCGCCGGUGAGACGCCCAAAAUCAACGACAGUCUGCAGCCGGAAUUGAUGAUGGUGCAACAGCAGCAGCAUCAGCGGAGGCCGCAUAAAGAUUUGAAGCAAAUCUUUCAGAAGCAGAUUCGGAAGAACGCUCGAACUCCGCCGCCGCCGCAUCCUCAGGAGCGCCCCAUCGUCGUCGUACCGAUUAUAGAACGUCCGAAGACGGCGGUGUCCACGACAGCGGCGACGAGAAGGGAGCAAUACCAGAAACGCACGAGCUCGGCGUUCGGUGUAUCGCUGAAGCAAGAGCAGAUUCGUCCACCCUUGACCAGGUCAUCUUCGUUGCCCACCAGGAACGAGCCCAAAACCAAAUUCCCCGUCAACAAGAAACGUCCGAAAUCGACGAAGAGGAAGGACUCGAUCUCGGACACAAACAAACCUCCAGAUGUCAUCACCAUGGUGUCGUUGCUAAGUCCGUCCGGAAGCGACAACGAGGAGGAAACUCAGAAAGGAGAUGGCAGCAACGUGAUCAAGAUCAAAGUGCCCUUGGCCUCCGAUCAGAAGGUCUCCUCCACGCACAGGAAAACCGUCAAAUCAGUUUCCUUUCAGCAGACCGGCGUCGUGCACGCCGUGCGAAGUUUUUCAGCCGGUCUUCCGCUUCGUCGGGGUUCGCUGGCAACGACCACUUUGUUGCUUGGAAAUGCCGCGAAAAAAUUGAUCAAUCGAAACCAGCAGGACAACAUUGCAAAGCGAGACUACGAUGACAAACAACGACAGCAGCAGCAGCAGCAAGAGGAAACGCAGCUCAUAGCAGAUCCGAAUGAAAACGUCAUCGCGAAUCGAACGUUGCUGGGUUACGGUGAGAAUGAUGAUUUCGAGAAGAAAGUGGUCGUCGUCGAGGAGGACAGUCCGAAGGAGAAGGAAUGCUGGGACACCUAUUGCAAGAUGAACGCGAAAGGAGUGAGCGUAUCCUUCGACACGAUUCUGAGGGGGAUGCUCACCCCCACCGAAUACAGAUUGAGGAGGAAGCAGGUGGCGCACAGUUCGCAGGAUUUUUGAACUUCAUUCUUUCUUUUUAUCAUUAUUAUUAUUAUUAGUAAACAACGUUUAGGUGCUGUGAUGCAUUUUCAGGUCUCGCAUUUCGGUGCUCCUUCUUCGGGAUUAACCGAAACAAGCUUUGUAUUGUAAUUGUAAUAUUUAACAAACGAAACAACAACUACAAAAAUAUACUUUUGUACAAUAUU